GGGCUUCGAACCCCAGCCUGUCCUCACGUUUGUGCUUUUCCUUGCUAUGCUUCAGUGUAAAACUCUGAGAGAAAGUCCUGCUUGUCCUCCAGCGCCUUCCCCUACCGCAUCCCUCAGCACUUGUGACCAAAGCUCUAUCGUUGGGAGAGCGGAUGAGGUGCGGGUCCCAGCGUGCUCAGGGAGCAAAAAGGAGCUCUGGUUUCCAGCACCGUGGUUGGGUUGUGCGGCUCCUGGGCUCUGCAGAGGGAGAGGACCGUGCUUUGUGCCAAGCCCCAGGCCUCUGCAUCUGAGCACUGUGGGCCACAGAGGCACGGCAGAGCCCAGCCCAUGCCCUGCAGGAGCGUGGCACGGCACAGCCACCCACGCCCAGCACGGCUCGCUGCACCGCUUGUGGCACCAGGCACGGCUCUUCGGAACUGGAAUUCAAAUGAUGCCGGGUAAGGGGAUACCCGGUGCAUUUACAUCCCUGCACCUGCACUGCUCCGGGUGUGAGCAGCACCGAAGCCCCCCCCAGCCCUAUAAAGCUCCAUCUCCCUCCCAGCUAUCCUCAUUCUCCAGCACAGUAGGGCCUCCCCGCUGCAGGAUGGAAGAGCUGCACGGGCACAACGCGAGUUCCUUCAGUCCUGCCACCGUGGUCAUCUUCACCUUCCAGGCGCUGGCCGGCAUGUGGAUCAACGCCUUCAUUGUGGUUGUGUCUUGUACGACGUGGUUCAGAAACAAAAGCUUGAGCUCUACCGAGAAGAUCGUGCUGUUUCUGGGCUGCUUCAGGUUUUGGUACUUGUGCAUAACGUGGAUAUAUCUCAUUAUUUCAGUGUUAUUUCCCCUGCAUCUUUCAGGCAGGGGCGUAGUCCUCACCUUUGCCAUUUUCCUGUGCUUUUUGAAUUCUUCCAACUUGUGGGUUUCUGCCUGUCUCUACGCUUUUUACUGUAUAAAAAUUGCAAAUUUCAGGCACAAUUUCUUCAUCUACCUGAAAGCCAACAUCGACAGGAUUGUGCCGUGGCUGCUGGUGAGCUCCGUGGUUCUGUCCCUGAUCAACUGCAGCCCUUUAUACAAAGUUACUGAUGAAGGGAACAGUACCAGCACCAAUUUCACCACCCAAUGGACGUUCUGGAACGUGAACAAAAAAUUAAGGGAACGUUUUAACUCCAUAUUUUUUGCCGGCACAUCCGGGUUUUCCAUGGCAUUCAUAAUGGCAACCUUGUCUGCCUUCCUCCUCCUCUUCUUCCUCUGUAGGCACAAGCAUAAGAUGCAGACCAGCUCUGCCAGGAACCUCAGCACGGACGCCCACAUCAAAGCCAUCAAAUCCCUUCUGUCCUUCUUCCUCAUCUACUGCAUUAACUACAUAGUCUUGAUCUCAACACUGCAUUACAACAAUGAGACGGCUCUCCUGUCGUUGCUCCUUUUGGUCCUUCAGUACGCUUUUCCCGUCGUUCAUUCCCUUAUUCUGAUUUAUAGCAGCCCCAAACUGGAAAGGAUAGCGCAAAGGAUUCUGCCUUGUGCAAAGUGCAAGGACUGCACCACGCAGGAGCUGUAGUGGAGGUGGAGCCCACAGAAACACUGAUGCUUUGUUCUUAAGUCACGUCCUGCCAUCUCUAACGGAGUCCUCCGGACAGAGCAGGUGACAUAGGCCUUCUAUCUCCUCCUUCUGAAGUAAAAAAGAAUUGUGACAAUUCUCUGAAUAAAGUCCUUGUGAGUUGAAUGAAUUAUUGCUAUCACUCGAUCUGAAUAAUUCUUUAAUUACUGUGGGUAGCCAGGUGAUACGGCGCGGUGAUUCGGUGAUUCUGCCAUCUGCUGCUGCCAUUUUGCUAGGCCUGAUUCUACCAGUGCACUCUGGCUCUGGGAAACGCUCAGGAAUCAAUCACAGAAUCGCCAAGGUUGGAAAGGACUUCCAAGAUCAUCCAGUCCAACCAUCCACCUACCACCAUUUCCCACUACACCACGUCCCUUAGUACCACAUCUACAUGUUUUUUACAUUGUGAAUGUGUUUUACAUUUAGAAAACAUGUGAUGGGUUCCAGCAGCCCCACGGCAGGGCACAGUGAGCUCAGCAGCAGCCAGUUGGUGCUGCAGCCUGUGCAGAGCCAGUGCUGGAGCUUAUUCCAAAGGGCUGCAGCCAUGGGAGGGACCCACACUGGAGCAGGGGAAGAGUGUGGGGAGGUGUGAGCCCCAUUGCCCACACCUGCAUCACUCAGAGGUCAAAGAGCUGGGAACGAAGGGGGAAAGUUGAGCCUGGAAAAAGGGU